CUAUUCUUCGGCCAUAUUUGUUUAUUUUUGUCUCAGUAAAAAGAAAUUACUUGAUUCCAAGCAGUGACUGUAAAUACUACAGAAAAUAAUCAAUUUUCGAGAUUAUAAUCAAAACUUUCUACUCAUUGACUAACCCUCUCUGUAGGGGUCAAUUGUCUUAGACGUGUUUGACCUCAUUGCCACAGCCCACAAGCGAUGUCUGAUCCGCACGACGAACUGUGUCCACCGAGCAAUCCCGAGGAUGACGAGCUCACCCUUCCACGGGCCAGCAUUAAUAAAAUCAUCAAGGAAUUGGUUCCCUCAAUCAGAGUGGCAAACGAGAGUCGCGAGCUGAUACUGAACUGCUGCACAGAAUUCAUUCAUUUGAUCAGUUCCGAAGCCAAUGAAGUUUGCAACCUGCGGAACAAGAAAACCAUCAACGCUGAGCACGUACUGGAGGCGUUGGACCGGUUGGGAUUCAAAGAUUACAAACAGGAAGCGGAAGCUGUACUGAACGACUGCAAACAGGUGGCGGCCAAGCGGAGACGACAGAGUACAAGGCUGGAGAAUCUAGGCAUUCCGGAGGAAGAAUUGUUGCGCCAACAGCAGGAACUAUUUGCGAAAGCGCGCGAGGAGCAGGCGGCAGCGGAACAGCAACAGUGGUACAGUCUGCAGCAGAACGCCGAGCUGUACCAGAAGCAAAUGUCCCAGGAUGAUGAGGACGAUAGUGAUGAUUAUUAGACGGAAAACUUGUGGAAAGGUUUUUCUGUAAAUUUUACUAGGUUUAAUUGUACUGAAAUAAAUGGAAUUGAUUGUUUGUGCA